ACGUGUGUAUUUCGGUUCGGUCGGUUGUUGUACCUAUAAAAUAACCGUUUGGUUACUGAAAUGGUACAACCGUUUGGUUCGGUUCAGUUAAUAACCGAAUAAAACCGGUUUAACGAUCGGUUAAUCCAAUUUUAACCAAACAAUCUAGGUUUUUCUUCGCUUUGGCUUCCUCAUCCCUCGUCGGCUAAUAUUCAAACUCCCGUGAAUGGCGUGAAGUCUCGUCGUCUUCAACCCGCCGGAACACCGUCGACCACCGCAACCGUCGCCGCUACUGUCUCCGUCGCAGCACAGUCACUGCUGCAUCCUUGGGGGUUCCGGCGACCGACAAGAUAAUCUGUGUAUCUCGCAUCUCUCUCUUCCACCCUCUACAGUCUCGUCGAUUGCUGCAGCACCGUCGCCACUACCGUUUCCGUUGAAGCGCCGUCACCGCUCAACCCUUGGAGAUUUCGAAUCCGUUUUGACCAACCUUCGUCUUCACAGUCUCCCUCUGCAUUUGCCUUGUUCGUCCGUCACUGCCACCGUCUCUGUCUCGCUUCAGGCUCCAAUUGGAUGGCUACUUCUAGUGGAAUGGCUACUUCAAGAGACGUCCAAGACAUCGUCUCCAAGCUAUCGUCGGAUAAAGCCAAGACUCGUGAUGAUGGCAUCAAGUUAUUGAAUACCUGGCUUGAAGGGGAAAGGUCCAUUAAGUUUUGCAGAUUUAUUUCGAAAAACACUGCAAAGCUUAAGUUGGAUGAGAUUCCAAACUCUGAAACGUGGCCUUUUUUGGUUAAACUUCUCAUCCAAUGUGUAUCCCUGGAGGUAUCAGGUAGUAAGCGACGGAUGCCCAAGUCAACUGUUGCUAAGACGCUUCGAAUUGUUAUUCAGAGAGCAGAAGAAACGAAGUCUGCUGGUGUACAUUUCCCUUUGUUGUCGGUAGCUAAAACACUCUUUACCCAUAUAUAUGAUGUCUUGAGCAAAACCCCUAGCUUCCAGUCUGAGUAUGGGACCAUACUGCGACAUCUUUUGGCAAUUAGGGAGUACCAGUUCCACAUAAGAAAGCGCACAUAUUGUAGUUUGGUUCUUCUGUAUAUGGAUAGAGUAGAAACAGGAUUUUGUGAUAAAAGCAGUGGUCAGCAUAGCCAGAAGGAGGAUGCUUUUCGUAAUAUCCUUACGCUUCAGUCACUUCUAGAAAACUCCCCUGGAGAUUUUCCCGAUGAACUUAGGGAAGAAAUAGUGAAAAGGCUCAGGCAAAUAUUCUCGUUUGUGAGAGACGAGGGAAAGCUCUCACGUAAGCUUAUCGAAUGUGUAAAUACGUUCUUGCUGAGGGAUGGUCCUAAUUUGGGCCCUUUAUCAUUGGAGCUUCAUAAUGUGGUUCGGCAGUUUGUGUUCCGUUGUUGGUUGGCUACCCAUGAUAAAAGCCUUAAGGAGAUACUUGCAUUUUAUGCGAGGCUGCAACUAAAUUUAAUGAGAGAUUCUAGUGAAUCUAGUUCUCUUGUGGAACAACUUCUUGAUGUGGUUUCUCGAGAACUUGAUCUAGGUAGUUCAACAGGUUCUGCAUCAUGGGGUGAUUCGACCAAGGUUGACAAGUUUGGUACAUUAAGCGGCUAUCAAAAUGGUUUGGUGGAGCUGGCAGCUGAUGUGUUCUAUCGGGCAUCUGGUAAUACAUCUAGGCUGUCAUUGGCGGGCAAACGAGCUCGAGGGCAGCAUACUACAUCGCGUCUGGUUGAGGCACUAACUGAAGGAAAAUGGCUAUGGUGUGCCACUUUUUGUUGUCUUGUUCGGACUUAUUGCACUCGUAUCAGUCAGGAUCUUCUUGUUUAUUGGUUUCAAGCUAUCUGUGCGGAUUUUCAAAGAUUUCUGAACUGUGCCAGUAUGAGGUGCUCUUAUGAUGGUCUGUUGUGGACUUUGAGGGGUUUGCAAGAGCUCUCUUCCAUUUUAUUGUUUCCAGAUGCAUCUGCGGAGAUACCUUCAAAGUCACCCUUUUCCUCUACUGAGCUAGAACGUGGUUGGCAGAUGAUCUGGAGUUCUCUAAUCCAUGCACUAGCUACAUUCAGCAACUUGUCUACAGUUGUUGAUGCAAUUUUGGUGCUUCUCGGAUCGAUAAUAUCUAGUCGCCGCAUAAAUGUGGGAAUUCUUCCUCAAGAAGUGUGGGAUCAUCAGUUAUUCAGACAUAUACGCUCAGAGUCAGCCUUGUUCUUCAUCGCAUGUUACUUUUCACGUAUGGGUUGCCAGGGAAACCUACAAGAUGAUUUGCAUCUUAGAAGAAAUCUCUUGAGAGCAGUUUUUGACAUUUUAAGCGGGAAGGGUCCUUUUACUCUGAAUGAGAGAAUGGUCUGGCUUCUACCAGCUGCUUCUUUUGCACUAUGUGCUGGUCGUACAACUUCAAUUCAAUUCCACGAGGAGCACCUCCCAACAUAUGCUGAAUGGGAUACCAACAAAGUGGCAAAUGGUGUGGUGAAGAUGGAUGAUCUUGAUGCAGAAAGGACGUUUGGACCCUUUGAGUGCUCUGUGGAGGUCCUCACAAGAAUUUACUCUAGUUCUAGCAAGACAUCCGAUAGCCAUUUUUCUGAUGGGGUACAACUACCUAAAAUAUUAAGAGAUCCAUUGUUUCAUGAUAUGGAUGUCUAUGUCCUGAACAUUAUCCAGGAGAAGGAUAGUGAGAAAGGACCUCUAUCAGAUGUCUUUAUGGAAUGUUGUUUGCUAUGCCAUUUCAUACACGGUUCAUCCAUCAUGAGGAAGGGUGAAGGAAGCUGCUUGUUUGUCUCAAAAGCAUGCCGGUAUUUGUUAGGAGUGCUGGAUUAUGCCGUUGAAUCAGUUUUAAAAAGCUUUAACGAUUUUCAGUGGCUUAGUUCCUUGGGCUUUGGCGCUGACUUUAAUGACAAAAGCUCAAUAGUUGUUUCGUUUAGGUCUCUUAUGAAUUCUCCAAUGUUCACUGGUGGGAGAAACCAAUAUUGUUCUCCUGCUGAUUAUGAUGCUGCAGUUCACUCCUUAAAGAAGCUCUUGAGGUCACUUGCUCAAGUUUACACAAAAUAUACUGAGUAUGCAUGGAAUAUGCCAUGUCAAGUUUUUCCGUCAAAAUCAUCAGCACCUGAUUCUCCUGAUGUCAAUAGAAUCAUGGAUAUGGAUUUAGAUCUAACUGAAGAUACCAAAGACAUGGAUAUUAUGGCUGCUGGUGGUAAAGCUACACCCAGCAUGCCGAUUUCUUUGGUGGACUGGAAGUUGGGCAUGAUAUCACUUAUUUCAUGUGUUUCUCCGGUUGUUCAAUUUUCUACAUGGGAAGUUUUAUAUAACCUCUUGGAGAAUGAAUGCGAUCCGAAGGUGGUGGAGAGUAUACUGUAUAGCUUGUGCCGCCUUUCUUGUUUGACCUGGAUGCCAAGGAUUAUAGAUCUGGUAAAUUUUGUGGAUAGCUUGAUUAACACACAAGUGAAGCUCAAGUGUAACUGUCUCAACAUAGUCACUGAUCUCCAAGUUCUACUCCACACUUUAUACACCUCGAAGCUGGAUUCUUCCGGAUGCCAGACGAAAGAAGGAGAAUCUGAUCAGUUCCUUGUGCAACUUGGUGCAAUGGUGAAUAAAACUGCUGAAUAUGGUCUCCUCGACUGGUUUGGGCGUGUCAGGCUGAUCAACUGCAUAUGCAAUUUUCUCUUGCUGAAUCCUCAGAUUGGCCAGGCAAUGAUUGAGAGACUUCUUUUGAUGUUGACUGAUCCUGAUUAUCGGGUGAGGUUUGUCCUAGCAAGAAAAAUUGGUCUUCUAUUCCAGACAUGGGAUGGCCAUGAGGCUUUGUUUCAAGAUAUUUGCUCCAACUUUGGUGUUGUAUUGGUAGCUUCCUCAAGGGAGAAGAUGGUCACUGCUAGGGAUGUUUUGGCUGCUGGUCCUCAGCCUAGCACUAAAAUGGAGACUGUCAUUAUCACCCUUAUGCAUCUUGCUUUCCACAGUGAGAAAAUAGAGUUGGAGGCUAUUUUCAUGAUGUGCACAGUUUCUGCUAUUGAUCCUUGUCACAGGGAAUUGAUCACUGCAGCACUCGAUAAUCUAUCUACACAGCUCCAUUAUCCAUCUAGGUUCAAGUACCUUGAGGAACUCUUUGGUCCUAUCCUCUUUUGCUGGAUAGCUUGUGGUGUUAGUCUAGCUGCUCUUGUUGAGACAAGGCAGCUUUUCAUUUUGGACGCUGAGGCAAAAUAUUUCAUCCAGUUUUGUUCCCAUUGGCUGCUUCCAGCUCUACUGGUACACGGGGAUCAUGCCAACCUUAACUGGGUUGCUAAGAUAACUGGCAGGCCUUUGGCUGUGAUGGUCAGGGAGAAUUUUGUGCCGAUCUUUUCAAUAUGUAUGGGGUUACACUGUAGUAAAACGUCUGAAUGUGAAAAAGGUGCAAUAGAGCUUCAGAAUUCAAUUUUGCAUGUGGCUGAGAUCAGCGAAAAUGAGAGGGAUAAGCUCAUAAAGCAGAAUAUGGUGGCUAUUGUUAGUUUCAGUUUUUCCGUCGCUUCCUGUUGUUCAGAACCUCCACUUCCUUUUUUUUCCCGUGACACUGUCGCACGUGCCAUUCAAACAAUUGUGGAUGGCUUUCUGGAAAUGUCUGAUUUUCCUGUGAACUCUGGUCUUAUUGACAGGAUAAACAUUUUUCGCCCGGAUAGGGUGUUCAUGUUCAUUGUAGAAAUACAUUACAAAAUCUCAGCCGCAUGUCACCAUCGGCGUACCCGUCAUCAUUUGGCUGCACUUGAAGUGCUUACUAGUAUUCUUGGUCAUAGAGCUUCAGUUCCUAGUUCCUUCAAUUAUCUAUGCAAUCUAAUUGGAAAAUUUAUCAGCUAUCAUGCCCUGCAAGACCAAUGCUGUGUUAUAUUUUCUUACUUGUUGGAUUCGUUCAUAAGCAAUUCGACAAAGGAAGCUGUCAGUGUACUAGGUGAACAACUUCAGUUUUUGGUCUCAAAAUUGGUGACAUGCUGCAUCAACGCUGAGACAAACAUUAAAGGUUCCGGGCCAUCUGUAGCUUUAAAUUUACUCCACAAACUCAUUGUUGAUGCAGAUUCGUCUCUUUACGACGAUAUCAGAGAUUUGGAGCCAUUCCCCGACAUGGAUAUUUUUAGAGUCCUCCGAGAAUUUCACAUUGGGUUAUGUGAAGACUAUUCUCCAAGGAACCAUCUGUUGAAGUGUGCUAGAAGAUCUUGCUACCUUCCACCAAGAUUUCUUUCCUGGAGUCUCCAAGCACUGCACAAGAAGUUUAUAGCUGUUGAAGCUUCUAGAGAAGACAACAAUAUUAAAACUGCAGACAUAGUAUGGCAUUCAGACAAUGAAAUUGUUAAUGCUGUUUGGACUCUUGUCCAUAUGUCUGCCUCAGAUGAAGCAGAUAGUAUGAGGUCGUUGGUGUCUGAUUUUGUAUCCAAGGUUGGUAUUGGGGAUCCACACAGUGUUGUUUUCCAUCUUCCUGGGAAGCUUGGCUCAUUUCAUGGUUCUCAAUCAAUGAGUCAUGAUAUUGGUUCAAAAUUCAGAUCUUGUGCUGAUAAUGGCAUAUCUGAUGAAACCCUUAUUGCGCUGCUGAAAAUUUUGAAGAGAUACCUUCUUGAUGAAUCCGUUAAGAUCAUAGAUGUUACAUCACAAACCCUUCGGGGAAUUCUUUCAACCGAAAGGGGUCAGAGGGCAUUAUCAUCUUUUGAUUCAUGUGACAGAUCUCUGAUUGAGGUGCAUGGCAGGGGCGUUGACCUUGACAUUGUUGAGAAUAUCUUACUGGAUCACCAAAAGAAAAUCAAAGCUGAUAGCAUCUCAUUGGAGAAGUCUGAAGUGUGGUCAACUGAGAAUAAAAACUUUGAGACAUGGAUUUGUCAGCUUGUGUACUCUCUCAUUGCUUUCUGUGAGGAUGUGACAAUAAGAUUAUGCCAGCACAUAGCACUGCUGAAAUCCGAGGUUUCUGAGCUUCUUUUCCCAAGCGUUGUUGUUAGUCUUGCUGUAAGGACUGGAACUGAUGUCAAUUUAUACAAAUUGAUUUCAACACAGGUUAAAGAGUAUAUCUUCAUUGAAUCAAACAAGCUAACCAAAUCGAAGCAAAUAAUGUUGAAUGUCCUUAAUGAUCUGCGAAUGUGUUAUGUUCUCGAAAGAUUGAGUUUUUCGGGACAAACAAAGAGAGAAAGUUCUAGGAGUGCUAAGAAUUCUAGCUACAACUCAAGGUCUUCUUCUGCCUCUAUUAAUGUUAGAGAUGUUGCAACUGCAUCCAAUGGGAUAGCAGGUUCCGUGACUACAACUUGGGACAAGGUCUAUUGGCUUUCCAUUGAUUAUCUUGUUGUCGCCAAGUCAGCAGUGGCUUGUGGUAGCUAUUUUACUGCUUUCAUGUAUGUGGAGCACUGGUGUGAAGAUCAAUUUGGCAGUCUCACCUUAGGAGAUCCAGAUUUUUCUUAUAGUGAUAUGCUGCCUAGUCAUGUUGAAAUACUUGUGUCAGCAAUAACACGAAUAAACGAGCCCGACAGCUUAUAUGGGGUUAUACAGUCAAACAAGUUGACCUCUCAAAUAAUCACCUAUGAGCAUGAGGGGAACUGGACUAGAGCCCUUGAGUAUUAUGACUUGCAAGCACGCUCAGAGAAUAUGCUGCCACAUUGUGGUGUAGAAGUGGAACGUUGUCAACCAGCUUCUGGUGCAUGGCAUUCUAUUCAUAACGAACAGGCAGUUCAGAGGAAACCUUACAAAGGGCUUAUCAGAUCUUUGCAGCAGACAGGCUGUAUGCAUGUUCUGGAUCUGUAUUGUCAGGGUUUGACUUGUCGAGAAGGCUACUAUCAGUAUGAUCCAGAGUUCAUUGAAUUGCAGUAUGAGGCUGCCUGGCGUGCUGGAAAUUGGGAUUUUUCUUUACUUUAUCCACAAACUAGCUGUCCUCCACUUCAACAUGCCAAGAGCAGCAAUUAUCAUGAAAAGCUUCAUUGUUGUUUGAGAGCAUUGCAAGAAGGGGAUUAUGAUGGAUUUUGCGGAAAGCUGAAUGAUACUAAGAUGGAGCUUGUAUUGUCCAUUUCUCGUGCAAGUGAGGAAGGCACUGGGUUUAUAUACUCAACAGUUUUGAAACUUCAGAUUCUUUAUCAUCUUGGACUAUCCUGGGAUCUUCGUUGGAAAACAUCUUCACAUCAAAGAGUGAAUGUCUAUCCGUUAACAAAAAUGGCAUGUACAGAUCCUGUGAUUCCUACAAUGGAGCAGUUGUCUUGGCUCAAUAAGGAUUGGAGCUCUAUUAUGAGGCGAACUCAGCUACACAUGAAUUUGUUGGAACCAUUCAUCGCAUUUAGGAGAGUUCUUUUCCAAGUUUUGGGCUCUAAGGACACCACCAUACAGCAUCUGUUGCAGUCUGCGUCAUUACUUCGAAAGGGAUCACGGUUGUCUCAGGCUGCCGCAUCUUUGCAUGAGUUCAAGUUCCUAUGUGCACGAAGUGAUGGACAACAUCAAAUUCCUGAUUGGCUUGGAAGGAUUGAAGAAGCAAAACUACUACAUGCCCAAGGGCAGCAUGAAGUUGCUAUCAACCUUGCUAGUUAUGUCUUACAGAAUUACCAAUUGAAGGAAGAGGCUUCAGAUGUAUAUCGCUUGAUUGGAAAGUGGCUAGCAGAAACCAGAUCUAGCAAUUCUAGAACAAUUUUGGAGAAGUAUCUCAAGCCUGCGGUUUCACUUGCUGAGGGACAGAGUUCCAAGAUGUGCAAAAAGGUGAUAGAAAGGCAAAGUCAGACUUGGUUCCAUCUGGCUCAUUACGCAGACGCUCUGUUUAAGAGUUACGAGGAAAGACUCUCCUCCAGCGAAUGGCAAGCUGCAAUGAGACUACGGAAACACAAGACGAAGGAAUUGGAUGCACUUAUCAAGCGGCUUAAGAGUUCAACUAAGGGAGAUAAAAUAGACUAUUCUCUAAAGAUACAAGAGUUGCAGAAGCAACUUUCAAUGGAUAAAGAAGAGGCAGAAAAACUACAGGAUGACAGGGACAAUUUCCUGAAACUGUCAUUGGAGGGAUACAAACGAUGUCUUGUAAUUGGCGAUAAGUAUGAUGUCAGAGUGGUGUUUCGAUUAGUGUCGAUGUGGUUCAAUCUCUCCUCCCACAAAAGUAUCAUAGAUAACAUGUUGAGCACCAUUGAUGAGGUUCAAUCUUAUAAAUUUGUACCACUUGUCUACCAAAUUGCCUCGAGGUUGGGUAUCUCCAGAGAUGAGUCAGGUUCUCGUAGUUUUCAGCUUGCUUUGGUUUCUCUUGUCAGAAAAAUGGCCACUGAUCAUCCAUACCAUACAAUCUUUCAGCUUUUGGCUUUGGCUAAUGGUGACCGUAUCAAGGAUAACCAGCGCAGUAGAAAUUCAUUUGUGGUUGAUAUGGAUAAAAAGCAUGCGGCAGAAAAUAUCUUGCAGGAUCUGUCAGAUUGUCAUGGACCUAUCAUUAGACAGAUGAAACAAAUGGUGGAAAUUUAUAUUAAGCUUGCCGAGCUUGAAACAAGGAGAGAGGAUACAAAUAAAAGGGUAACACUACCAAGAGAAAUCCGUAGUGUUAAACGGCUUGAACUUGUACCUGUAGUGACUGCUACAAUUCCUAUUGAUCGUAGCUGUCAGUACAAUGAAGGCUCAUUCCCUUACUUCAAUGGAUUAUCGGAUUCUAUUACGGUGAUGAACGGGAUAAAUGCUCCAAAAGUUGUCGAAUGCUUUGGUUCUGAUGGUCGUAAGUAUAAGCAACUUGCAAAAUCUGGCAAUGAUGACCUCAGACAAGAUGCUGUUAUGGAACAAUUUUUUGGUUUGGUCAAUACAUUUUUACUAAAUAAUCGAGACACAUGGAAGAGAAGAUUAGGUGUACGAACAUACAAGGUUAUUCCAUUCACUCCAAGUGCUGGUGUUCUUGAAUGGGUUGAUGGCACAAUUCCACUUGGAGAUUAUCUUAUAGGAAGCUCAAGGAAUGGAGGUGCCCAUGGUCGAUAUGGGAUUGGAGACUGGCAAUAUCCAAAAUGCCGAGAACAUAUGUCCAAUGCAAAAGACAAGCGCAAAGCCUUUGUGGAAGUUUGCGCGAAUUUCAGACCUGUCAUGCAUUAUUUUUUUCUGGAAAAGUUCCUACAACCUGCUGACUGGUUCGUGAAGAGACUUGCUUAUACACGUAGCGUCGCAGCUAGUUCAAUGGUGGGUUACAUUGUUGGUCUUGGGGACCGUCAUGCCAUGAAUAUCAUAAUUGAUCAAGCCACGGCAGAAGUUGUUCACAUAGAUCUUGGAGUUGCCUUUGAACAAGGAUUAAUGCUCAAGACUCCUGAACGGGUUCCGUUUAGGCUAACAAGAGACAUAAUUGAUGGCAUGGGUGUCACAGGAGUUGAAGGCGUAUUCAGGAGAUGUUGUGAAGAAACUUUGUCAGUUAUGCGGACAAACAAAGAAGCAUUGCUCACGAUCAUUGAAGUUUUUAUACAUGAUCCUCUCUACAAAUGGGCCUUGUCCCCCUUGAAGGCUUUGCAACGGCAAAAGGAAACUGACGAAGAUGAAGAUCUGAGCUUGGACGGACUGCAAGAGGAGUUCGAGGGUAACAAGGAUGCUGCACGUGCUUUAUUGCGUGUCAAGCAAAAACUCGAUGGCUAUGAAGGUGGUGAGAUGAGAAGCAUACACGGCCAGGCUCAGCAACUGAUACAAGAUGCAAUUGACAACGACCGUUUAUGCCAAAUGUUCCCUGGUUGGGGAGCUUGGAUGUGAUCUCUUCUCUUCUCUCACUUCCUUUUCCAAUUUUGGUCAUACGUUGAGUUAUCGUUUUGUAUGUGAAGAGUCUGAACAGAGUAAAACUUGGAAAAAAUUAUGUGUAUAACUAGCAUUCGGCAUAUAUAUGUCUAAUGGGUAAUCAUAGUGAGUAUGUAUAAUCCCUGUUCUUGGAUUUAAUUUCUAUUCUGUUUAUGAUUUUAUUUUAUGUAUUUUGGGACUCUUGAUACAAUUAGUGUGGACAUUUUAAGUUUUGGCUAUA